CCUGACUCCAACACACACCAGUCCGAACCCCAGUGUGCAUCCUGGUUCUGCUGCUGCUGCGGUCCUGAACAGGCUGCGGCUGAGCAGCAAAGCUGUGGAGGGAGAGGAGGACGAACCGGUGAGGAAGAACCGGACCCAGGAAGAGAACCGGGCUCAGGUAGGAACUGGGCUCAGAACCGGGCUCAGCAGCCGGUUGCCAUGUCUCUGUCGGCCGACCUGAGCUGCCUGCAGAGCAGCCAGGGCGCGGAGCGCGAGGCGGCGCUGGCGGCGCUGGAGAAGCAGCUGAUGUGUCCGAUCUGCGCCGACAUCUUCAGCAAGCCGGUCGUCAUCCUGCCGUGCCAACACAACCUGUGCAGGAAAUGCGCCAACGAGCUUUAUCAGCCAUCUUUGUUCCACGCCAGAACCACGAUGCUUGUGAACAGCGGCCGUUUCCGCUGUCCGACCUGCAGACACGACGUGGUGCUGGAUCGCCACGGCGUCUACGGCCUGCAGAGGAAUCUGCUGGUCGAAAACAUCAUCGAUAUCUACAAACAGGAGCUCAACCAAAUACCAAGCCCGCCUCCUCUUCCUCCUCCUCUUCCUCCUGCUGAGGCGACCUGCUCUGAUCAUGAAGGUGAAAAAUUGAACAUCUACUGCCUCACCUGCCAGCUUCCCACCUGCUCUUUCUGUAAAGUCUUUGGGGCGCAUCAGAACUGCCAGGUGGCUCCUCUGACGGACGUCCACCAGCAGAAGAAGGAUGAGCUCAGCGAAGGCAUCAGUUCUCUUGGGGAGUUUAGAGACAGAGUUCAGGCUCUGGUCAGUGACAUAGAAGACACCUGUAGAGCUGUGGAGGAGAGCUACAAGACCCAGAAACAGAACGUGUGUGACAAGUUCAGCAGCAUGUUUUCCAUCCUGGAGGAAAGACGGAAGGCUAUGACACAACAAAUGAGCUCUGAAGAAGACGAGAAGGUAAACCACACCCAGAUGCUGAUGCGUUGCUAUGGCGAUAGCAUGGAGGCCAACAGGAAGCUGUUGUCAAGCGUGGAGAGCAGCAUGGAGGAGCUGGAUAUGGCUGCGUUUGUUCAGAAUUCAAAAGAAUUGAUCUCUAAAGUGAUUGCAGCAUCCAGCGCCAGUCCAUCCGAGACUCUGAAGCCAGGCUAUGACAGUCUGAGUCUCUACAGAUUUAAUUUUAGGAAACAGGAAGAAAUGCUGAGGAGCAUUGACUUUGACAAAGUUGUAGAAGACAUUUGUGAAGAACCAGAAGUCAGUCCAGAUCCAGAAGAACCCAAAGGACCUUUAAUUCAGAACACAGAACCAGAACUAUGUCAGGAGCCGUUAAUCCCGGACCAUCAUGCUUUGGGAGAACCGGCUGAAGAACCACUUCCACCUCCCAUCUCUCCACCAGUGGAACCAUUACAGCUUGAUGAACUGGCAGUUGACCCAGAGCCUGCAGCUCCUGGCCCGGCGGCCGGUUCUUUAGAGUCUGCUGGAGAACAUUUGCAGCCGGAAACCGAUGGUCCAAGUUCCGGUGACGUUGGACCGGGUCAGGUUAGGGUGGAGAGAAAGGUGGAGCGGGUUGGGGCCGAGGCACGGCAGCCUGUGAGAGAGGAAAGCUUCAGGAAAGACCAGGAGGGGAUGAACACUCAGCAGAUUGUCACACUGGUCUUCUACCUUUUGGCCUUACUGGUCAUCCUGCUGAGGUUCUGGUCUUACAUCGGCUGUUUUAUGUACUUAUGAACCCAGAAGAGAGAGACGGACAUGAAUUAGCGCCUCCACGCAGAAGAAUACAGAGAACCAGAGCUGUCCUUCCUCCGGUUCUCCUCUUCAUCCUCCUCCUCCUCGGCUCUGGUCCCGGUUCUUGGUAGAUCCAGUUUCAGCUGCAGCAGGAAUGGAAAAAUGAGGCACUUUUGCUUCGUUCAUGAUCAUUUUUAAAACCCAAAGUCCCACAGGAAGUUAUUUUCUGUAUCAUUUUAGCUGUUUUGAUUUGCUGAUUGCUUCUUGUUUUGGUCCAAACUUUGGUCUUGGUGUACAAAUCUGAGUGUGUCUCAGUACAUUUAGGUUUUUUUUCUACUAGCUUGAAUUGCUGGAUGGAGACUUUAGAACAAAUUUGGAGCAGAUUUGAUCGUGUACAACGUUGUUUUGUAGAUUUUUUGGGGGGUAAAAACAUAAAGUCACGCGUUUCUAAUCUCAGAAUGAGUUAAAAUAUAAAGACAAUCCCAUCAAAACAUGUCUCUGAUGUCAUCUAUCCACGCAAAGUUUUAGAAACGAAUGUCCUGCAAUGGUUGGAGGCUGCAGCUUCCGGUUUGGGCGGCAUGCUUUCAAAAUAAAAGCAUUGAAAUGUCGCCACAUGUUUAAGUAGUAAAACCAGGAUUUAUACUUGACAGUAUGUCAGAAUGUUUUAGUUCCUGUAUGGAAAAUAAUCUGGGAGGGACAAACUUUUACAACUUUCCAAUUCAGAGGAGCAAUAAUAAAGUUUUUAGAU